UAUAACCUCAUAACAGUUUUAUGUACUCUUUGAAUAAUUUUAGAAAUUUAAAGAAUAACAAUAAACAUAGCAUAAAAGUAAAAUGAUAAAACCAUCAGCAUUGAUAAAUUUAGUGUCAAAAAGGGGAAUUUGUUUGACAGCAGCAAGAGAAGGUAAACGAAAUUUUCGGAAAUUCGUCAUCCCCAACAAAAGAGGUUCAAGAAUCCACAAGGAGCAACAGAAGUCAGCAAAUAGAGAACUAGAGAUAGACAAGCGGGGUGUUCGUGAUGUUGGAUAUUACUUAAAUGGAAAAUUCGUCAAAGUCCCCGAAAUGAUACCAGAAAUAAUUGUGCCCGAUUUAACAGAUUUUAAAUUAAAACCUUACGUUUCUUAUAAAGCCGAAGAUGUUAUACAGAGUGAAUUUACAGCAGAGCAUCUUUUUAAUUCAAUUUACAGCAAAAAAAUUGCCAAAGAUUUUAAAGAAGAUAAAUUAGAUGCUGAUGGUCAACCACUUGAGCCCUCGGAGGAAGAAAAAUUACAAGCAGAUGAAGCUGUUAUGAGAGCAAAGAGAACUGGUUCAGAUAUAUUUUAAAUGUUGUAUAGUUUCCUUAGUAUAGAUGUUUAGUAAAUAU